AUGAGUCAUUGUCAUAAUAGCUUGUGGGCAAACCCAAACCCGGUGGCCGUUGCGAGAGUCACAAGUUUGAUGCGAUUGAAUUUGAAGAACAAGUUGUACUACAAGAAGAAGAAGAAGAAGAUAUCCUAUUCCUAUUCCUAUUCCUACUCCUAUUCCUUGUCCCUGUGCUGCGCGGGAUUGAGAGCGCCUAUGGGUUUUGGCUACAGUUCCAGUUGCUUUGAUGAUCAACAUCAGCAGCAACAGCAGCAGCAUGAUGUUGUCGUCCAGGAUGAUGAGGACGAUCUCCGCUCCUUGUUGCAGAUUCUUCCACAUGAUUUACACGAAAAUCUUCUCAAUGAGCCCAAAAGAGCUAGGCUCUUAGAGGUUAUAUUGGAUUUGGGUCGUAUGCCGGAAGCACGCUAUCUUGGUGAACUUGGUGGCCAAUAUUUAAGGAGAACAGUGGUAUCGUUGGAAGAGUUGGAGCAUGCUCAAAAUGCUAUUGGAGAUUUUGGGGGGGAUAACAGAGCUGGCAUUGAGGGUACCUUGCAUAGAAUAUCAGCUAUUAAGAGUAGAAAAGGGCUGAUAAUUGGAUUGACUUGCCGAGUUGGGAGGGCUGUAAGUGGUCAGAUUGACAUGGUUUAUGAUAUGCUUCAAUAUGAGAAGAGCAUCUUGUUUGUUGGAAGGCCUGGGGUUGGCAAGACCACUGUAUUGCGAGAGAUUGCUCGUGUCUUGUCAGAUGAAUUUCACAAAAGAGUGGUAAUCAUUGAUACAAGCAAUGAAAUAGGAGGGGAUGGAAAUAUUCCACAUGCAGCAAUAGGAGGAGCACGGAGAAUGCAGGUAACAGAACCAUCUAUGCAACACAAGGUUAUGAUAGAGGCAGUAGAGAAUCACAUGCCUGAGGUGAUCAUUGUUGAUGAGAUCGGCACAGCAGCUGAAGCUCUUGCUUGUCGCUCGAUUGCUCAGAGAGGGGUCAUGCUUAUUGCUACUGCUCAUGGACAGCAGCUUGAGAAUAUACUAAAGAAUCCUACUCUAUCUGAUCUGGUUGGAGGAGUAGAAACUGUUACUUUAGGAGAUGGUGAAGCCAAAGCUAGAAGAUCUCAGAAAACCAUUCUUGAAAGGCAAGCACCUCCAACAUUUGAAUUCUUAAUUGAGAUGAGACAGCGGCACUAUUGGGUUACACAUCAGACAGAAAAGAGUGUAGAUAUUCUGCUUCGUGGCAAAAGCCCACAGGUCGAGGUCAGGACAAGGGAUAAGAAGUUCAAGGUUGUAAUAGAAAGAUCAAAGUCAUAUGACGAGUGUGAGGCUUAA